AUGAUCAAGAUCAGUCACCACCAUCAAACCCCUUCUCUUCCGAAGCUCAAUCCCAUGCUCAUCUCAACUCUCCAACUCUCCUCCUUUCUCUGCCUCCUCCUCUCCACCACCAUCACCGCCGCCGCCGUAGAUGACAACAGCCCCUGGCUACCUUACACUCCCACCGACUACAUUCUCCUCGACUGUGGUUCAUCUUCUAACACCACCGACGCUAGCCUCCGGAGCUGGGACGGCGAUGUCCGCUCACAAUUCUCGCCGUCGAACAUUGAAAACACGUCGUCGAAUGCUACAUCCUCCAAGUCUGUCAUUCAAGUGCCCUACAAGACUUCUCGUAUCUUCCACUCUCAAUUCACCUACUCAUUCCCAGUCUCUGCCGGACCAAAAUUCAUUCGUCUCUAUUUCUACCCAGUUAAUUACUCUGAGCUCGAUAUUACCAACUCUUUCUUCUCCCUCACUUCCAACGACUACACCCUCUUAAACAACUUCAGUGCCUUCCUCACUGUCUCCGCCAUGAAACCCGCAGUUGCUUCCCUUAUAAAGGAGUUCAUCGUCAAUGUUAGGGACAACCAGAUACUGAAUAUAACCUUUUGGCCUUCUCCGAACUCUUACGCCUUCGUUAAUGGCAUUGAAGUCGUUUCAAUGCCAGAAAAUCUCUACAUUCGCGGCAAUGAUCAUCCAAUCCCACUAGUGAGCGAGAACCAAAGAUUUUAUAUUGAUAACAACCCUGCUCUUGAGACUCUCUAUAGAUUAAAUGUUGGCGGUAAUGAGGUCUCAAUAACCAAUGAUACGGGAAUGUUUCGAUUAUGGAGUCCGGACGACGAUUACACCUACGAAGAUUAUGGGUUUACACCUCACAGGGACGUCGCAAUCCGAUAUAGACAGGAGACACCACCCUACACUGCACCGAAGAUCAUUUACACAACCACAAGGACCAUGGGCAACGACAGUUUAAGAUACAAUCUGACAUGGAAAUUUCCUGUUGAUUCUGGGUUUUAUUAUCUUCUCAGACUCCAUUUCUGCGAGAUUCAAUUGGAGGUGACCCUCAAGAACCAAAGGGUUUUUAUAAUAUACAUCAACAAUCAAACGGCACAGAGAGGAGCAGAUGUUAUCCAGUGGAGUGGUGGCACUAGAAUCCCAGUGUUCAAAGACUACGUCAUCAUGGUCACCGACCCAGAUGGUCGCCAGAGCAAGCAAGACUUGUGGCUCGCUAUGUACCCUGAGCUCGACUUUAGACCCGAGUACGCUGAUGCUAUAUUGAAUGGUUUAGAAAUCUUCAAAUUGAAUAGAACAGACGGUAGUCUGGCGGGGGCAAACCCUGAACUUGUACUCAGUCCACCGUCGGGACCAUUCACCUUGUCACCGCAGAAGAAGAACAAUAAAGAAACACCUAGGUGGGCGGUCAUUAUCGGCACCGUAGUCGGAGGAGGGUCUGUUCUAGUCUUGAUCUUAGGUUUCUUGAUUUUUCGACGACGGAGGAGAGUGAAAGCCUUGGGCUCAACACAGCCCAAGUCGUCGUGGGUCCCCUUAUCUGACCGUUCAAAGUCCACAAAAACCAGCGGUUCAUCACUACCGUCUGAUCUAUGCAGACGCUUUUCACUUGAGGAGAUCACAUCAGCUACAUGCAACUUCGAUGACAAUUUUGUCAUCGGGGCAGGAGGAUUUGGUAAUGUGUAUAAGGGCCACAUCGACAACGGUGCAACCACCGUUGCGAUCAAACGAUUGAACCCAUCAUCAAAUCAAGGGGCCCGCGAGUUCCAAACAGAGAUUGGUAUGCUAUCGAAGUUACGCCACCUCCAUCUGGUGUCGUUGAUCGGUUAUUGCAACGACAACCGUGAGAUGAUCUUGAUUUAUGAUUAUAUGGCCCGCGGGACCCUCCGUGAUCAUCUUUACAAAUCAAAGAAACAACCCAUUCCGUGGAAGCAACGCCUUCAGAUUUGCAUUGGCACUGCAAGGGGACUACAUUAUCUCCACACAGGUGCGAAACGCACGAUCAUUCACCGCGAUGUGAAGUCCACCAAUAUUUUAUUGGACGAGAAAUGGGUGGCUAAGAUUUCUGAUUUUGGAUUAUCCAAACUGGGUCCCAUAGAUGCAGGCCAUAACCACGUCAGCACAACGGUGAAGGGUAGUUUCGGAUAUUUGGAUCCAGAAUAUUAUAAACGACAACAAUUGACAGAGAAAUCGGACGUGUACUCAUUUGGGGUGGUUUUAUUUGAGGUUUUAUGUGCUAGGCCGGCUAUAAUUCUAGAUUUACCCGAGGAUCAAGUGAAUUUGGCUGAGUGGGCUCGCCAUUGUUAUAAAAAUGGGACCCUUGAUCAAAUUGUUGACCCUAAUAUAAGGGAGGAGAUUGCGCCAGAGUGCUUGAAGAAGUUUGGCGAAUUAGGUGAUAGUUGCUUGCGUGAAAAUGGGUUCAAACGACCAGGAAUAAAUAAUGUUUUGUGGGGCCUUGAGUUUUCUUUGCAACUUCAAGAGGAGGCUGAGAUGAAGGGUCAAGGUGAUGGUGGUGGUGGAGGUGGAGGUGGAGGUGGAUUACUACCGGUAGCGUUGGCCAGUCCCUUGACUCCUCCUCUGCAUGGAGAAUCAAUGACCGACAAUGAUGAAAAUGUGUUAAGAUCAAUGACUAACAGUGACAAAUUAAAAAAUAUGACUCUGUUCUCAGAGAUCAUGAAUCCUAUGGGUCGAUGA